AAAUUAAUUCUGAAAGAAGAAUUGCUCUUGAAUCGCAAAAAGGCAAUAGAAAUAAAUAUAGGAAUUGCCAUCCUUAAAAUAUGCAAAUAUGUUUUUAUAUAUAAUUUCUUGCCGAAUUAGUAUACGCAUUGCAUUAAUGUAGCAGUAAUUAAAAAUUGUGUUCUGCCGGGCGCUGUGGCUCACACCUGUAAUCCCAACACUUCAGGAGGCCAAGGCUGGCGGAUGACCUGCGGUCGGGAGUUUGAGAUCAGCCUCAUCAACAUGAUGUCUCUACUAAAAAUACAAAAAUAGCCAGGCGUGGUGGCACAUGCCCGUAAUCCCAGCUACUCAAGAGGCUGAGGCAGGAGAAUUGGUUGAACCCGGGAGACAGAGGUUGCGGUGAGCUGAGAUCGCACCAUUGCACUUCAGCCUGGGCAACAAGAGUAAAACUCCGUCUCAGAAAAAACAGUUGUGUUUUAUGUGGCUGCAAAAGUGAAAUACUUAAGUUGUAGAAAAUUUUGAAAACAUAGGUAAACAGAGAGGAAGAAAACUUAUUUAUAAUGCCAUCACCCAGAGAUUGUUAAUAAUUUAAUGUAUAUUUAAAAAAAACUUUUUCCUACGUACCUGUAAGGAUUGUGUAUAAAAACUUUUCAUGUCAUAUUUUUUACACUUGUGGGUUUUUAAAAUAAAAAGAUUUUAAGACUGGGUACAGUGGUUCACGCUUCUAAUCCCAGCACUUUGGGAGGCCAAGGUGGGAGGAUUGCUUGAGCCCAGGAGUUUGAGACCAGGCUGGGCAACAUAGUGAGACCCUGUCUGUACAAAAAAUUAAAAAUUAGCUGGGCAUGGUGGCAGGCAUCCCUACGUAGUUCCAGCUACUUGGGAGGCUAAAGCAAGAGGAUUGCUUGAGCCCAGGAGUUUGAGGACAAUUUGGGCAACAAAGCAAGACCCCAGUUCUUUAAAAUUAAAUUCUUUUUCAUGAUUUUUAAUACGUAUGUAGUUAUCAUAGAGAUACACUCUGAGCUCUUAAAUUAAUGGGGCCUAUUGUUAAACAUUUUAUUUGUUUAGUUUCCUGUAUUAGCAAUAUCUUUGUGCACAUUAUUAUUUUCUUUUGAUAAAUUUGUAGAUGUGGACUCACGGAACAAUGGAAACUCCAAAUGGUAAGGCUUUGGACAGAUAACUGCCAAACUAAUCACUAGAAAGGUUUUAUUCCUUUUAUACACAGAUAGAAAAUAGUACUUCAUCAUAAUUUUAGUACAAAUUAUGAUGAAAUUAUCAAAAUUCUAAGUUGUUUUGUUACUGUUAAUAUAAAAAGGUCAUCCUGCUGGCAGACCAGAACACUAAGAAAUUUCUAGAUCUCAAGCAGAUCGGAACAAGUUUAUAUGAAGACUCCACUGAGGAACUCUGAUGCCAACAAGUAAAUAAACUAGAUUUAGAAUACUGCCAGGAUCAGAGAUAGUCAGGGCUGGACAAUAGAAUGGCUUGAGUACAGUCACCAGAUGUUAAAAGGAUAAGAAAAUUGAUUGUACAGAAUUGGCAUUGGAACAGAAGAUGCUCAGCUUACCUCCUCUUGACUUAAAGAUACCUGUCACUUAGCCUCUGGUGCAGCUACCAGGGUCGUGGCUUCUGUCAUCAGAACCUGCAUUUACUGCUCAGAGGCCAGAGAAUCUGACUUGAGCUGAAGACAUACAUUGUAUCUACAAAUGCCACUUCAUCUUGACUUGCAUCUACAAAUACGAACACCAAGAAUCAUGAGGCAUCUUAGAGCACUAAAAGCAUAAAAGACGGUCACUAGUCAAAACAGAAGAACAAGCCAGGAAUCACCAUGUGUGUGUAGAAAAUAGAGGAGACUUGAUCCUAAAGAGUUCGUAGAAGAAUCAGGAAAAAAUGAAGCUUAUCUUCAGAUAUCAGAAAGCCUCUUCAUUAAAAAGAAAAACCAUUCGAGAUAUGAUAACAAAGACAUUAAAAAUAUUAUGCAAGAUAUUCAGUAGGCUGAAAGUAGAGUUUACUUAAUUCACUAACAAUUGAGCUAAAAAUUUCUUCAAGAUGAAAAGUAUGAGAGGGCAGUUGAAUCAUGGAGGAUUGAUCUAGAAGUGCUAGCAUUUGUCUGAUGACAUUUCAGAAGGGGGUGGAGGAGGAGAAUAAUCCAGACUACAAAUGGGUGAUAAUUUUGCUUUGCUCUCUUUAGAUUGACCAACUUCUUGUGAGGGAUAAUUAAAAACACAUGUCACAAGUCUUUGUGACAUUUUAGAAUCUAGGAACAAGGAAAAUUCUAAAACACCUUGAAGACCCAGCACUUUGGGAGACUGAGGUGGGGCGGAUCACUUGAGGCCUGGAGUUUGAGCCAGCCUGACCAACAUGGUGAAACCCUGUCUCUACUAAAAAUGCAAAAAGUAACCGGGUGUGGUGGUGCACACCUGUAAUCCCAGCUACUCUACUAGGGAGGCUGAGGCACAAGAAUCACAUGAACCUGGGAGGCGGAGGUUGCAGUGAGCUGAGAUCACACCACUGUACUCCAGCCUGGAAAACAUCGGAGCAGUGUGGGUCCGAGCAAACCUGUUUCCCAGCCCCGGCGGAACAUCGUAGGCUGCAGGAUUCAGCAUGGGUGGAAAGAGGGGAAUGGCCCUGUUACCCAGUGGAAAGGAACCGUUCUGGACCAGCAACAUCUCGAAUCAGCGAUGCACACUUGGCAGACACAAUGAUUGGCAAAGCAGUGGAACAUAUGUUUGAGACAGAGGAUGGUUCUAAAGAUGAAUGGAGGGGAAUGGUCUUAGCACGUGCACCUGUCAUGAACACAUGGUUUUACAUUACCUAUGAGAAAGACCCUGUCUUGUACAUGUACCAACUCUUAGAUGAUUACAAAGAAGGCGAUCUUCGCAUUAUGCCUGAUUCCAAUGAUUCACCUCCAGCAGAAAGGGAACCAGGAGAAGUUGUGGACAGCCUGGUAGGCAAACAAGUGGAAUAUGCCAAAGAAGAUGGCUCGAAAAGGACUGGCAUGGUCAUUCAUCAAGUAGAAGCCAAGCCCUCCGUCUAUUUCAUCAAGUUUGAUGAUGAUUUCCAUAUUUAUGUCUACGAUUUGGUGAAAACAUCCUAGAUGUCAUCACAAACUCUGCCAAAUUUGUGGAACUGUGAAAUGUAUUAUUUGUAGACAUAAAGACUUGAUUGCUUUCCAGUUUAAUGAAAGCUUAAAUGUCCCUGCGAACCCACAAUCUCUGCCAGCAGAACUGGUUUUGUUCUGAAUAGUACAGAUUGAUGUGAACACAAAGCAUUUUGUGUAAGGAGAACCCCUUUCUUUUAAAGGAAGUCUGUCUAUUUGGAGGGGAGUUACAGGCAAGUUUGGUAAAAGUUAAGCUAGUGUCAUAGUCAUUUAAAAUUGUAAUAGAUCUUAACCAUUUUCCCCCUCACCCUAACACUCUUAUUCUGCCGCCACAAUGCAAGCAUAGUUUGAUGUUUUCGUUAUUGCCUUUUUUGAGAUAUAUGUAUCUGUAUCUACCUAUAUCUAUAUGUGUGUAUACAUAUAUAAUAUAUACACACAGAUACAUGUGUACACACACACACCACACACCACACACACCCCACUGGCAGUCUUUUCUUUGUGGAUUAAGAUGGGGGUGACAUAAUUUUCUUGAGUUUAACAGGAGUGCUUUACCCAAGUCAAUCAUGGUUAUGAUAUCACUGCUCUUUAUUUAAAAGUAAACUUUGGGCACAGGAAGCAUAUGGUAACAUUCAGCUUGUUUAAAAAAAUCAGAAGUUCAGAGCACCUUUUCAGUCUGGAGCCCUUAAACCAUAAGUCCAAAUAUGAAUUACUUGUGAACAGUUAAUGACCCAUAUUAGAAUUUUACAAUCUGGUGAAAAAUCUGGGUAAAAGGCUACCUUUAAUUCUAAGCUUUGAAUUUUUUUUUUUGUUGUUGUUACAUUUUAAUCAUAAAUUCUUUUUCGCAAAGCCCAGGUCCUUGUUCCACACAGUGUAAUGUAGGUGUACUUUGGACAGCACAUACGGUCCAUUGUGUACAAAUCAGUAAUCUGGAUUUCAGUACAUGGAUUUAAAAGGCAACAAUCCAUCACUGGUUUGUGUGUUUUUGGUAAGUUUCUGGAAGAAUACAAUGCUUUUAUAUUGGAAGUAUAAGUUUUGAGUGGCAUUAUUGCCUUCUAACAAGCUCUCUGGGACUUUUAAAGUUUUAUUACUAUUAUUGCUAAUAUGUGAUUAUGGUCAGAAACUUUCAACCCACCCCUUCCCCCCUACCCCUGGCUUUUCCUCACAAAGAAUGUCUAGACAAAUAGCAGCUUAGUCUCCUGACACCUCUUGUGGGGUGCAUGUUCCUGCUCCAGGUGUGCUGUUCAUGUGGAUUUAUUCCAUUCAGUGCCCCCUUGGGGUUUGCAUGCCAGUGAAGCGUUACCAUAGAAGAGCCAGCCGUUUGUGUUCGCUUGGUGGGUGUAAGUAAUAGCAGCCCUUAGCCACGGAGUCUUUAUGUGGUUUAUUCCUGCAAGGUUGUUUUAAACUGAAAUAGAACUACUAGUGUGAUUGGUUGAUCAGCAAAACAGCUGCUCUCACUUUGUUUUGGAGGAGCCCUGGUGGUUUGACAGCCAGGAGAAAGGCCGUAUGUGAAACUAGUCUCUUGUGGAGAUUGGAAAUCCUCCCUGCUAUUUGGGCAGAGCCUAAACGUGCAUGCUUGUCACUCAAACACCAGAAGUUUGAAUCAGAAGUCCGAGUGACCUCUCUUGUGGCUGUUCUUAAUGGUUUCCAGGCCUCGUUAUGCAUGGUUUGCUUGAUGCCCAUUUUUUGUGCCUUGUGCUGUUGGAUGGUAACGACCACUCACCAUGUAAACACAGUACCUCAGUUUUCUGUCCACAGCUGCAGUCGCUCUGUCCCUGGUGCUUCACUGUGGGCAGCCAGGGACAAGCUUCUGAAAGCAGUGUGAUACCCAAGUCAUAGGUGCUUCUCGUGUGUGAACAGGUGUCAUUCUGCAGAUCUGUUACGUAUUUUCCUGUUGACUCUUAAGAGUCCCUGCAUGUAAAUCUCAAAGCUGAGCCUGGCUCCCAGAGUCCAGACUGACAUUACAGCGCAAGAGUUUGCAAGUGUGUCCAGCAUGCACGGACUGUGCAGAACUUGGCUCGGUAACUUUGGGUGGAAAAAUAAAGUACAUUUUGAAGUAUCUUGAGGGUUGGGUCAAUUGAGACAUUUCUAGCAUUACUUAAUGACUUGCAUUGUGGUUUUUCUGCAAGCAACUUUAAUGACUUUUUUUAUACUACAUGGUCUCCCAGUUUCUAGAUGAAUGCAACAUAAUGACGGUGAUGAUGACGAUGAGUUUAAUCAUUGUUCCAUUUAUUGCCUUUAGGGCUGAGGGAAAGGGAAGGUUUGUUUUUUUUCUCCCCAUUUUCCCCUAUUCUGUCUUUCUUUUGGUGGCUUACACCACAUGUAAUGACGCUAUGACUAAUUCUGCUCCCAAGCCCUUAUAUCUUGGGCUUCAUUUUAGGCUCAUGUGUCAGAUCUGCAUGCAUUGCUUGCAUUUUUCUGGUAUCUGAAUGUUGGUUCCUUGUUCCAGGAAUUCAACAUUAACUUCCAAAAGUAUCAUGGGACUUGUGACAACACAAGACAUGAAUCUAUGUAUAAAAUUUAUCGGCCUUUCUCAUUUACCUGCUCUAGUAUUAUUGUAUUGUGUGUGCGUGUGUGUGUGAUGUCAGGCUGCCACGUAAAACUUCAGAGAAAAAUCUUAAAAGCAGACCAUCCUUUUUUGCAUGCUCUAUUCUAAGUAGAAUGUUCAAUGUAACUGACUAAAAUUGCAUGUUAAAGAUAUUUAGGUUUUUUUGUUUUCUUUAUUUUUAUUUGUUUUCAGUUUCCUGUAUAUUUGCUUACUGUGCCGUUUUAGUGGUUUUAGGAUAAAAAUGCACUGGUGAAGCAAAUGUAGUGCCAACAGAAGGUGAUUUUCCAGUUGUAAAUGUCAUGCAGCAUUUGAAGGGACUGUGUUUUCUUAAAAAGAUUUCAUUUCUUUUAUCGUUUUAUGUGCCAAACCACGAAGUGCAUUGGGCUUGAAUCUCUGAACACUGUAGACCCAUUAGAAGACUGUUCCGAUUGUCACAAAUUGUAGUGCCUGAAAACACUCUUAAGCUGAUUGUCUUAAAAAAAUGAAAGUUCUCCAAAGACAAAACAGGAACAAUUAUUAUAACAAAAUAAUUAUGGUUGAAAUGUCUGUGGUUCCUUGGAAAUGCUGCGCUCUUUGUGUUUUUCCAUCAUUAGUGCAGUUGGAAUGAAUGUGUAUAGGUCAGAGGUCUUCGUGUUCACAUUUUAAAAUUAGGUAAAUGACCUCAUCUUUCAAGCUUGAAUUCAUUUUUAAUUUUAAUUUUAUUUUAUACAAUGUGUAGACAGUUCCCUGUUCUCUGCAUUUAGAAGUAUACACAAUAUAAAUCUGUUAAUUCUGUAAGUAAUUUUUAUAAUUAUGAUGUAACUCUAUCUUAUCCUUAAAACAUUUAAAAUAAACCCUUUAUGUGCAA